UAUGUUAUCUUUGAUUGUGCAUGUGGUGAUGUUGAUAUUUUUCGGUUUGUUUUAAGGUUAGGUUGUAUGUACCGAACUGCUUGUCGAUGAUUGCACUAAAUUAAGUAUAUGAUGUACAGUAUGUUAUAAGGCGAGAAAAAAUGGGUGAUUUGAAAGGACAAGGGUUUUUAAAUGACCGGGAUUGCAGUCAAAAUAAAAUCUCCGAACCUAUAAAGCCUUUAGAAGAAAAAUGGAAGUUAGUUCCAGCUUUUCUGAAAGUAAAAGGCUUGGUCAAACAGCAUAUUGAUUCUUUCAAUUACUUCAUCAAUGUAGAGAUAAAGAAAAUCGUUAAAGCCAACGAAAAAGUUAUCAGUGAUGCAGAUCCCUUAUUUUAUGUGAAAUACCUGAACGUGUCAGUUGGCACUCCAAAUGUCGAAGAAGGGUUCAACAUCACUAAGUCAACCACACCACACGAGUGUCGCCUGAGGGACCUGACAUACUCGGCGCCCAUAACGGUGGACAUAGAGUACACGCGAGGAAACCAGAGGGUGGUUCGCAACGACCUGCUGAUCGGUCGAAUGCCCAUCAUGUUGCAGAGCUCGAACUGUGUGCUUUCAGGCAAGUCGCAGUUUGAACUCGCGAAAAUGAACGAAUGCCCUCUAGACCCGGGAGGCUACUUUAUCGUCAAAGGCCAUGAGAAAGUAAUCUUGAUUCAAGAGCAGUUGUCACGCAAUCGAAUGAUCGUGGAGGAGGAUCGUAAAGGUGGCAUUCAGUGCCAAGUGACCAGUAGUACUCAUGAGAAGAAGUCUCGAACAAACCUUAUCGUGAAGAAUGGCAAGUACUACUUGAAGCACAAUACUUUUCAAGAUGAUGUGCCUGUUGUGAUAGUGUUCAAAGCCAUGGGUGUAGUGUCAGAUCAAGAGGUGGUGCAGAUGGUGGGCACAGAAGACAGAGUGUUACAGAGUUUCGCACCGUCUCUGGAAGAAUGCCACAAGGCAGGAGUUUUCACGCAGUUACAGGCUCUUAAGUACAUGAGCUCCAAAAUAAAAAGCAAGAGGUUCUUUACAGCAGGUGCAGCCAAGAAAAGUCCAGUAGAUGAUGCCAGAGAUAUUUUAGCUACUCUUGUGUUAGCUCAUGUGCCUGUGGAAAACUUUAAUUUCAAAAUCAAAGCUACCUAUAUGGCAUUAAUGGUGCGGAGAGUUAUUCAGGCACAAGGUGAUACCAAAAUAAUUGACGAUAGGGAUUACUAUGGAAAUAAGAGACUUGAAUUGGCAGGUUCUUUGUUAGCUUUGAUGUUCGAAGAUUUGUUAAAGCGUUUUAACUGGGAUUUAAAGAUGAUUGCAGACAAGAACAUUCCGAAGAUCAAAGCUGCCCAGUUUGACGUGGUGAAACACAUGAGACAAGACCAGAUCACCAAUGGACUCAUUCACGCAAUCUCCACUGGUAACUGGACCAUCAAGCGGUUCAGGAUGGAGCGACAGGGUGUGACGCAAGUCCUCUCCAGGUUAUCGUACAUCUCCGCUUUGGGAAUGAUGACUCGAGUGAACUCUCAGUUUGAAAAGACAAGGAAGGUGUCCGGGCCCAGAUCGUUGCAGCCGUCGCAGUGGGGUAUGCUGUGCCCCUCCGACACUCCAGAGGGAGAAGCUUGUGGUCUGGUGAAGAACCUUGCGCUCAUGACGCACAUAACCACGGAGGUGGAGGAAGCACCGAUCAUCAGACUGGCCUUCAAUGUCGGUGUUGAGGACGUGAACUUACUGGGCGGAGAGGAAAUCAACAGCCCACAAGUGUAUCUGGUGUUCCUGAAUGGCAACAUCCUCGGGGUGAUCAGGGAUUACAUCCGCUUGGUGAACGUCUUCCGAAUGAUGCGUCGGCGAGGGUUCAUAAAUGGCUUCAUAUCCAUCUACCCGCAACAUCAACACAGAUGCGUGUACAUCAGCUCGGAUGGUGGUCGCUUGUGCAGGCCUUACAUAAUUGUGAGCAAGGGCAGACCACUGGUAAAACAGCAACACAUAGACGAGCUGCUGCGUGGCGUGCGAGGCUUUCAGGACUUCCUCAACGAUGGCUUGAUAGAAUACCUCGAUGUGAACGAAGAGAACGACAGCCACAUAGCAUUGACGGAAGCUACAAUCGAGCCUGUGACAACACAUCUCGAGAUAGAAGCGUUCACUCUUCUAGGGGUGUGUGCUGGCUUGGUUCCUUAUCCUCACCAUAACCAAAGCCCGAGGAACACAUAUCAGUGUGCUAUGGGUAAACAAGCUAUGGGCACUAUUGGCUAUAACCAGAGGAAUAGAAUAGAUACGCUUCUUUACAACUUGGUGUACCCUCAAGCUCCAAUGGUGAAAUCUCGCACCAUAGAACUCAUAAACUUUGAUAAGCUCCCUGCGGGGCAGAAUGCUACAGUUGCAGUAAUGAGCUACAGUGGCUAUGAUAUCGAAGACGCCCUCAUUCUAAACAAGGCGUCAAUAGAUAGGGGUUACGGUCGAUGUCUCGUUUACAGGAAUGCAAAAUGCACGUUGAAAAAGUACGCCAACCAGACGUUCGAUAGGAUUCUGGGUCCGCUGAUAGACGCACAGACCAUGAAGCCUGCGUGGAAACACGACAUUCUGGACACGGACGGCAUAGCCAUGCCGGGGGAGAAGGUGGAGAACAGGCAGGUGAUGGUGAACAAGUCGAUGCCGACGGUGACGUCCAACCCCAUCAACCCUCUGCAGGCGCAGACGGAGUACCGCGAGGUGCCGGUGGCGUUCAAGGGCCCGGUGCCCGCGUACGUGGAGAAGGUGAUGGUGUCGUCCAACAACGAGGACGCCUCCCUCAUCAAGCUGCUGCUGCGGCAGACACGGCGGCCGGAGAUCGGAGACAAGUUCAGCAGCCGGCACGGUCAGAAGGGCGUGACGGGGCUCAUCGUGGAGCAGGAGGACAUGCCGUUCAACGACUCGGGGAUAUGCCCCGACAUGAUCAUGAACCCUCACGGCUUCCCGUCGCGCAUGACCGUGGGCAAGCUCAUCGAGCUCUUGGCGGGCAAGGCAGGCCUGCUGGAGGGAAAGUUCCACUACGGCACGGCGUUCGGGGGCUCCCGGGUGUCGGACGUGUGCGAGGAGCUGCACAAGCACGGCUUCAACUACCAGGGCAAGGACUGCUUCUACUCGGGCCUGACUGGGGAGCCGCUGCAGGCCUACAUCUACUCGGGGCCCGUCUACUACCAGAAGCUGAAGCACAUGGUGCAGGACAAGAUGCACGCGCGGUCGCGGGGACCCCGCGCCGUGCUGACUCGCCAGCCCACGGAGGGGCGCAGCCGGGAGGGCGGCCUGCGCCUGGGGGAGAUGGAGCGCGAUUGCCUGAUCGGCUACGGAGCCAGCAUGAUGCUGGUUGAGCGGCUGAUGAUCUCGAGCGAUGCGUUCGACGUGGACGUGUGCAACAAGUGCGGGCUGCUGGCGUACUCUGGCUGGUGUCACGGCUGCCGUUCGAGCGGCUCCGUGUCGACCAUCAGCCUGCCGUACGCCUGCAAGCUGCUGUUCCAGGAGCUGCAGUCCAUGAACAUCGUGCCGCGCCUCACGCUCAAGAACUACUGCGACUGACGGCCACACACUGGCGUGUUUCUCCAAGUACUGUGCCUCUCGUGGCAUGUCACUACGCUAGUGCAUUUGUUCAAAUGGAAGUAAUGGAGUAAAAUGAAACUUUGUAAAAUGCUGCAUAAUAUGCAAUAUCAUUGUACACACAAAUUGUAAAUAACUACAGACAUUAGGGUUAUUCACAGCCACUUUUUGCUUUGAAUUAGUUUUUUGAGAUGAGUGAUGUCUUUUGCGCUAUUAUUUAGCAAACUGCAUGUAUUUUGAAAUGUAUGUAUUUACUUCUA